GGGCGCCCGCCCGCCCGCGCCCCGGCCGCGCCGAUGGGAUAGGCGGCGAAGAUGUUCAGCUUCGAAGGCGAGUUCAAGACCAGGCCCAAGGUGUCCCUGGGCGGCGCCAGCCGGAAGGAAGAAAAGGCUUCUCUUUUACAUCGUACUCAGGAAGAAAGACGGAAAAGAGAGGAGGAAAGGCGAAGAUUGAAAAAUGCAAUAAUUAUCCAGUCAUUCAUUCGAGGCUACAGAGACAGAAAACAGCAAUACUCCAUUCAGAGAAGUGCGUUUGACCGCUGUGCCAGCGCAGCCCAGGCUCGCGGCACCUCCAUUGCAAGUGCUCCAAACCUUACCUUCCUGGUACGGCAGCUUCUGUUCUUUUAUAAACAGAGUGAAGACUCAAAGCGCCUGAUAUGGCUGUAUCAGAACUUGAUUAAACAUAGCUCUCUGUAUGUCAAGCAGUUGGAUGGAUCAGAAAGGCUGACAUGCUUAUUUCAGAUAAAGAGGUUGAUGAACCUCUGCUGCAGGCUGCUGCAAAACUGCAAUGAUGACAGUUUGAAUGUUGCCCUUCCAAUGAGAAUGCUUGAGGUGUUUUCAUCUGAGAAUACUUACCUGCCUGUUUUGCAAGAUACUAGCGAUGUGGUGUCAGUGAUCGAACAGAUUUUGCACUACAUGGUUCACAGUGGAUAUUAUAGGUCUCUCUACUUGUUAAUUAACAGCAAGCUUCCAUCAAGUGUUGAAUAUUCUGAUUUAUCUCGAGUUCCUAUCGCAAAAACAUUGCUGGAGAAUGUCCUCAAACCACUGCACUUUACGUACAACUCCUGUCCAGAAGGCACGAGGCAGCAAGUUUUCUCCGCCUUCACGGAAGAGUUUCUGACAGCACCUUUCACAGAUCAGAUUUUCCAUUUUGUCAUUCCGGCGUUAGCAGAUGUACACACUGUUUUCCCCUAUGAGCCCUUUCUGAGUGCACUGUUACUGGAGAGUAGAUAUUCAAAAAGGAGCAGUGGCGCACCAUGGCUUUUCUAUUUUGUCUUAACAGUUGGCGAAAAUUAUUUGGGGGUGCUCUCGGAAGACGGCCUGCUGGUGUACCUGCGUGUUCUCCAGACCUUCCUCUCCCAGCUCCCCGCCUCACCCACUGGUGCCAGCCACCGGGACUCGUCCAGCGACUCUGAGGAUGAACAGGAGGAGGCGGACCACCGCACCAGCCCUGAGGACGGCAGGGUCUCGACCCCAUACAUAACUGAGGAGUGUCUGAAGAAGCUGGACACAAAGCAGCAGACCAACACCCUGUUGAACCUAGUGUGGAGGGACUCGGCCAGUGAGGAAGUCUUCACCAGGAUGGCCUCCAUCUGCCACACGCUGAUGGUGCAGCACCGCAUGGUGGUGCCCAAAGUCAGGCUCCUCUACAGCUUAGCCUUCAAUGCCAGGUUUCUGAGGCACCUUUGGUUUCUCAUCUCUUCCAUGACAACGCAGAUGAUCACAGGGUCCAUGGUGCCGUUGCUGCAGGUGAUCUCCAGGGGCUCCCCCAUGUCUUUCGAAGAUUCUGGGCGGAUCAUCCCCCUCUUUUACCUCUUCAGCUCCCUGUUCAGCCACUCGCUGAUUUCUAUCCAUGACAAUGAGUUCUUCGGUGACCCCAUCGAAGCUGUAGGCCAGAGACGGUCAUCCAUGAUGCCUUUCUCUCUGGAGGAGCUUGUCCUGCUGUCCCGCUGUCUGCGCGACGCCUGUCUGGGCAUCAUCAAGCUGGCCUAUCCUGAGACGAAGCCCGAGGUGCGUGAGGAGUACCUGGUGGCCUUUCAGAGCGUCGGGGUGAGCACCAGCUCUGAGAUGCAGCAGUGCAUACAGAGGGAGCAGAAGCGCUGGGUCCAGCUCUUCAAGGUUAUCACCAACCUGGUGAAAAUGCUGAAGUCCAGAGACACAAGGAGAAGCUUCUGUCCUCCGAACCACUGGCUGUCAGAGCAAGAGGAUAUUAAAGCAGAUAAGGUCACCCAGCUCUACGUCCCUGCUUCCAGGCACGUUUGGAGGUUCCGGCGGAUGGGCAGGAUCGGCCCGCUGCAGUCUGCUCUGGAGGUGGGCCUGGAGUCCCCGCCCCUGUCCGUGUCUGAGGAACGGCAGCUCGCCAUUCUGACAGAACUGCCUUUCGUGGUUCCUUUUGAGGAGCGAGUGAAGAUCUUUCAAAGGUUAAUUUAUGCAGAUAAGCAAGAAGUUCAAGGAGAUGGUCCAUUUCUAGAUGGAAUAAAUGUCACAAUAAGAAGGAACUAUAUUUAUGAGGAUGCUUAUGACAAACUGUCCCCAGAAAAUGAACCAGAUUUGAAAAAGCGGAUCCGUGUGCACUUGCUCAACGCCCAUGGCUUGGAUGAAGCUGGCAUCGAUGGUGGGGGUAUUUUUCGAGAGUUUUUAAAUGAACUACUAAAAUCCGGAUUUAACCCCAACCAGGGAUUCUUUAAGACCACUAAUGAAGGGCUUCUGUACCCGAACCCAGCUGCCCAGAUGCUUGUGGGAGAUUCUUUUGCCAGACAUUACUACUUCUUAGGCAGGAUGCUCGGAAAGGCGCUUUAUGAAAACAUGCUCGUGGAGCUGCCCUUCGCAGGCUUUUUCCUGUCCAAGCUGCUGGGGACCAGUGCCGACGUGGACAUCCAUCACCUGGCCUCCUUGGACCCCGAGGUGUACAGGAACCUUCUGUUUCUCAAGAGCUACGAGGAGGAUGUGGAAGAGCUGGGGCUGAACUUCACUGUGGUGAACAACGACCUGGGGGAGGCCCAGGUAGUUGAGCUAAAGCUUGGUGGGAAGGAUAUUCCUGUCACGGGUGCCAAUCGCAUUGCGUACAUCCACCUAGUAGCUGACUACCGGCUGAACAAGCAGAUCCGCCCACACUGCCUGGCUUUCCGACAGGGCUUGGCCAACGUCGUCAGCCUGGAGUGGCUCCGGAUGUUUGAUCAGCAGGAAAUUCAGGUAUUAAUUUCUGGUGCACAAGUUCCUAUAAGUCUAGAGGACCUAAAAUCCUUCACCAACUAUUCAGGAGGCUAUUCUGCCGAUCAUCCCGUCAUUAAAAUCUUUUGGAGAGUUGUAGAAGGCUUCACUGAUGAAGAAAAGCGCAAACUGCUCAAGUUUGUGACCAGCUGCUCUAGACCGCCUCUCUUGGGAUUUAAGGAGCUGUACCCUGCCUUCUGCAUUCACAACGGAGGCUCGGACCUGGAGCGGCUCCCUACAGCCAGCACCUGCAUGAACCUGCUCAAGCUCCCGGAGUUCCACGACGCGUCCCUUCUGCGAAGCAAGCUGCUCUACGCCAUCGAGUGUGCUGCCGGCUUCGAGCUAAGCUGAGCUGGUUGGGCCAGGCCGGGCCGGGCCUGGCUGAGCUGGAGCGAGCCUGGGCUGACCCCCGCAGCCAGCACUGCCAGACCCUGGAGUGGGGUGCCCAGGCCAGGCUGUGCUCUCCUGCGUCUCCCUCUGGCAUUUCUCCCCUCCAUUUUUAGAUCCUUUUUAUUACAACAUGGCCACUGAACUAGUUGGACAUUGCUUUUCAGAUAACUUGAAAUCUCCAUUGUUAUGUGCCAUGUGGCUUCAUAAUUUUGCCAAGAAGAGCACAGAUUUUAGACUAGAGGCAACUCAGUGAAAUGAACCAAAGAUGACACUUUGGCCUUGCCGACCUUCAGCAUGUGUCCUGAGCUGCCGCCGGGCCUGGGCCCCGCAGACCCCGUGGUCUGCAGAGAGGGAGAGGGGGCUGCGGGGCGGAGCCGCGGCCACCGCUUCACCGCUUCCGUGUGGUUGAGUGUUUACAAGCCUAAUUGUCACAACUAAAGGCAUUAUUUCCUGCUGCCUUUUCCCAAAGUGGUUAGGUUUGGAAAAUAGAAAAAAUAGUAUUAUUUUUAUUUUAUUUGUGCUUUUCAAGCCAUUCUCCCCCAGGCGGGACUCGCAUGCUCGUGGUUACCCCUGACCCGCGCCGUGCGGUCAGUCGGGCGGUUGGUGUGUGGCUGUGCGGUGAGUUCUCUGCUGUUGCUGUCUGCUUUGGGCUUGGAGAGCUGUCGAGGAGGAGGAGGAGCACGCUCCCCAGGCCGGUGUGUCGCCUGCACCAAGGGGCGGGUGAGGAGCGUGGGAACUGCAGCUUCUAUUAAAGCCGUUUGAACCAAAGUGGUGGGCUGCGUCUCUCCGCGACCCCCGGCCCCGCCCCGCCGCCGCCAGCCUGGGCGUCCUGGGCACCGUCCAGCUCGGCACCCUCUGCUGCUGCUUGGCACAUGCGGGCUUCCCCAGCACGUGUCAGAGAAGAUCCGGGUGGGUCUCAUGUCGGCACUUUAUCGGAGCCUGGGAGCGCUUGCCAGGGACCGCGUCCUCCGCCAGCCAGCGGCGUUGCGCAGGGCGAGCCGCACGCAGGUGCAGGCGCAGCCGUCGAGGCCUGGCGUGGCAGCGCCGAGAAGCGCGCAACUCCAGCCCCGCUGGGCUCACGGAGCUGGCGGACCGCAGCUAGCAAUACACUUUUAAAUGUGGGAAAACUGAAUGACACUUUGAAGAUAAUGACCAUUAUCAAAACAAAAUGUAUAAUUUCUUAAUUUGAGUAAUAAAUUAAGUGUUUAAAUGCUA